CGGAAGCAUUUUUCAGCCAGCAGUGGUUCGUCAACUUUCGUCCGGAAAACAUCGUCCGACAGCAGUGCCUGAGUGAAUCGUGAAACCAAGCCCACGUAAACAUGGAAACAAAUGGCAAAGUGAAACAAAAGUUUCCAUAUAAGAUACAGUUUGUGGAUGAUGUUGUCAAUUUAAAGUUAUUAGCCAAUUUUCAUGGCGAAAAAACUGGCUUCGUGCAAGUGGGUGAUGAGAAGUGGUUCUUCCCCAGCAAGUACGAACAAGCGGCCGAGCAUUUCUACGGAUUCGAAGCCAGGGCCAGUGAUGUUUGGAUUGCGACAUUCCCACGCUCCGGAACAACAUGGACACAGGAAAUGGUUUGGAUGAUAUGCAACAAAUUGAAUGCACAAGCGGCGCGUAGUGAGCCACUGGCCAAGCGGGUUCCGUUCUUCGAGCUGCACAUCUAUAUGCAUGAUCUGAUGAAGCAACAGUUGCUAUCCGAAAAUCCGGAACCGUUGAACAGACAAAUUAUUGAAGAUUUUGCGAAGCCAGCAUACGAGGUGCUGGCUGCUACGACGGAGCGGCGCUUUAUAAAAACACACUUUCCAUUUUCUCUUUUGCCACCGAGCAUAUUCAAAACUGGCGCUAAGUUGAUUUACGUCGCACGGAAUCCCGCUGAUGUUGUGGUUUCCUACUACCACCUGAAUAAGCUGUACCGCACCCAAGGCUAUGUUGGCGAUUUCGCUAAUUUCUAUAAUUAUUUCGAGAACAAUUUAACACCCUGGUCACCGUACUGGACCCAUUUGAAGCAGGGAUGGAAGGCGCGCCACUUUCCCAAUGUGUUGUUUAUGUUCUACGAAGAUAUGAAGGCAAACCUACCGAAAACUAUACGAACGGUGGCUGAAUUUCUGGAAGUGGAGUUGUCCGACCAGGAAGUAGAUCGUCUUACCGAGCAUCUUAGUGUUGCGAGUUUCAAAAAAAAUCCAUCCCUGAACGGGCAAGAAUUGAUUGCGGCCAGAAUACUGAACUCCAACGUGCAGGGGUUCAUUCGAAAUGGGCAGGUGAAUUCGUCGGAGGAGGAAAUGACGGACGAGAUCAGAGAGCGCAUUCGUAAAUGGACCGAGGAGAAUUUACGUGAUACUGAUUUGAGAUUUCCCGUUUUGUGA